AUGGACUACGCUGAACUAAUCAGUAGAAUUGGAGGGAAUCAGACUUUCAGCGUUUGCACCAAGGCCACUGAAACUAUAAUCACUCCGCCCAAUUGUACACCGCUGCCAAGCGUACCGACCACCCCAGACGUUUCAUUUUCAAUUCUCAGUCCCUUGAAACCCAAAAAAACCCAAGCGCUACUGCCCACUAUUCCGUCCGGCGAAGAAUUUCCCGCUUCUGAAUGGUAUUCUAUGGUCGAUGAGGCACCAGCGAGUCAUCAUUUUUACAAUUCUAAAUAUGAACCUGGCAAUUCACAAAAAUUCCUCAAAACUGUAAUGAAAGAAUAUAAACUUUUGCAAGAUUCUUUACCGUCUAACGUCUAG